AUGAUGUCAAUGAGACCGCUUUUGCGGCCCAUAAGAUUUCUACCACUUAAGAGCAUUCAAAGGUCAUCGUUGAGACUUUUGUCUUCUACUCCCAUAAGAUUUAAUGAACCAAAAGUACCAAGUUCGGAAAGAGACAUUAGUCUUACUGCAAAAGUCUUUCCAUUAGAUAAAACGAGUAUUGGAGAAAGCGAUAUAGAUGAAUGGUUAGACGCUGUUUCCCAACUUAAAAGUGGAAAACUUACUCCGGAUACUGAACCAGAGGUUUAUCUUGCGCAGUUGGCAGAGCCCGAACCAUUUUUACGCGAGAAAUUUGUACCGACACAAGAGCAGAUACAGCAAGCUGAAGUUCUAAUGAAUAAAAGCAUUCCAAUAAUAAGCGAUCCUGUUAUUGAUAAUUUCACUAAUCUCAUCAUGAGGCAUGGCAAAAAAUCAAAGGCUCGUAAAAUUUUAUCAAGGGCAUUGUAUAUAGUUUAUCUAAAGACAAGGAGGGAUCCCUUACAAAUUUUACAUGAAACGUUAGACAAACUUGGUCCCUUAAUGUCUACGAAAGUACAAAAAACCGGUGCUGCGAAGAAUCGUACGGUUCCUUACCCUUUGAACACAAGACAAAGAAACAGAUUUGCCAUCACGUGGAUUUUACAAGGUGCAGACAAGAAGAGAUCUUCUGAUUAUUCGGUUAGGUUGGCUGAAGAAAUCAUCUCCGCCUUUGAAGGGAAAUCAUCUGGUUAUGAUCGUAAAGCUCAAAUGCAUAAGGCUGCUAUGGCUCACAGAGCUUAUAUCAAACUUUAA